AUGACGACGCGACAGACGCGUUUAUUGAAAUCUUUCACGUUCACACUAUGGAUCGUCAUCUCGCUGGCAUUGUACGCGUUAUAUAAUGUAACAUUGCAGAGUAAUAAGCUACCGGCAGCCUGGUUCAAUGUCACGGGCGAGAUAAAUCGCGUCUCUCAGCUGACGAGCGGGCAACGUAACCAGGAGGAUGUUAUGCAGAAAUAUCAGGAGGAGCUACCUAAUGUGCCCUUCGAGUUUUGGACACGCAUAAAGAAUUCUCGUUUCAAUGCAACCUGCGCACAUGCGCCGGAACUCAGCAAUCUGCGCUUCCACAACGACUACUGGCAGGUGUUCCACAAUCGUAACGUGUCCUAUCACAUCUUCAAUGCCUACUACGAUACACGUGAACACAUCACACAACCCAGUUCCGUAGUGCGUAUACUGGUCAUGAUGAACCAGCCAAUAGAGCCCAAAAAUCCCAUACAUUGUCAGCUCUGGUAUGACGAUAAGAAUACGACCGUGCUGGCGCCGGUGAUGGAGCAUCGACUGAUUUGGAUACGGGAAUGGGGUACGAGUGGCCACUUUUACCCCUAUUUAUUGACGUGUGUAGUGCCGUUGCAGCUGCGAGAGGGACCGGCACCACAAGCGGUCUCCUUGGUGGUGGACGAGUGUGCGACGGCCACGAAUUUAGUGCGCAUAUACAAUGAGCGGCCAUCGGGCAAUGCUACAAAACAGAGGUUUGCAGUAUGUGUGAAGGGUUUGGAUUAUCCGUAUGCCGAUUUGGGACCACGUCUCGUGGAAUGGCUGGAAAUGCAGCGUUUGCUUGGCGCUAGCAAAGUCAUCACCUAUCGGUUGUCGGUACAUCCGAAUUUGGAGCAGGUAUUGCAGCACUACAUCGAAGAAGGUUUCCUGGAAGUACACCCGCUCAGCUUGGGUUCGGAGAUGGUGACCAAACCGCUCUAUUUGCAUGAAUACCUACGCGCGAGUGUCCCCAACAAGCGUUUGAAUGAGAUUGUGCCAUACAACGAUUGCUUCUAUCGGAACAUGUACAAGUACUCGUAUAUUGUGACCAUCGAUAUCGAUGAGGUUAUAAUGCCGCUGGGCAAUAUAACCACAUGGACGCAGUUGAUCAACGAAACCUCACGUGUGCGUAGCGAGGGCUGUAAGUACGGCUAUGGGAGUCUGUGUGUGCGCAAUGUGCACUUUCCCAUCAACGGACUAAACUACACGGAGACACCAAAAGCGCCACGUCACAUGUUCAUGUUGCAGCACGUGCAUCGUGAUGUGCCAGAGGCCCCUGGCUUGGGUGCAAAAUGCUUUCAAAAUACCAGCGACGUUUUGAUGCUGCACAAUCACUAUAAUCUUGAUACGUUGAAGACAUGCCGUUGGCAUAACUUGCCGCCCGAUGUGGCAUAUCUACAACACUAUCGUCUGUUGAGGAAGCCGGAAGAGUGGAAGACGCAGAUACUCGACGAGAGUAUCUAUCGUUAUAAGGACGCGCUGAUAGCGACUGUGGAGCCGGUGUUGAAGAAGCUCGGUUAUCUCAAUUGA